AUUUAUUGCGUUCCACUGUUUAAAAGGACACAUGAGGACGAAGAAACAAAAUCCCAAACAACAAACAAAUCUGUUUUUCCUCCCUCUCGCCGACGAGUGCCAAAGCGGAUCUGCGUCGAAUUUCGACUCGGAGAAAGUUUUGGCAGAAGUGCAUUGGCGCCGACCUUUCCCAAGCCCGAAUAUGAGCAGCGUCUCGUCUGCGUCUGCUGACUCUGCUGCACCAAAGGACAUUUUUUUCCCUCUCUAUUUCAGGUGCGAACAAAAGAGCGAAAAGGCGAGAAUGAGGAAAUUGGCACGCGAUUUGUUUUGCUUGUUUGGCCUGUGGAGCGGCGUGGCUUUGGUUGGCGCCGCCACCGCCGCCGCAAAUAAGUGCGUCACCGCCUUCGCCGCCGACGCGCCCAGCAUUGUCCUCGUCGCGCCUUUCUGUCCGCAAAUAAUCGCCGGCCUCCGUCCCCACCCUCGACAACCCAUCACGCUCCUCUGCGGACUCGAUCAGCGGUUUCCCAAUGGCGUGAGUUUGGGUUCGAAAGUGACCCUGAUCCUUCAGUUGGGACAACAUGGAAACCUUUCGGAGACGUUGGUCCAGCGCUUCAUCUCGACGCACAACAAACUCUUUUGGGAAACGCGAAUCGUGGUGGUCGUGGAGCAAAACCCGGAGAGUGUCUCGCGCGUUUUGUGGAGGCACAAUUUGCAGAGGAGCACGAUUGCCGUUCUUGAAGGAGACAAAGUCAUCUUUUUCAGGGCGUAUUCGGAGACUGGAGGCGUUUGUGAAGGAAUGACGCCUCCGGAGCUGACCAAAGUUGCAGAGUGCUCAGGGGAGGGUGACCUGAAAGUCCUGGAGGCAGGAAAAUUGGAGGUGUCGCCAAUGCUAGACCUGAACGGAUGUGUCGUCGACGUGGCUACCAUUAAUUUUCCUCCCAGUGUCAUCCUUUUUUCCGAGACAGAUCCAUCGCCGAACGCGUCAACCGGAGUAGUCGAACCUUUAGGUGGAAUCGAAGUGGCGCUGGUGCGCAGCGUCGGCGCCGCAAUGAACUUCCUUCCCCGCUUCUACGUGUCAGCGGACAACCAGGGUUGGGGCGCUGGACACGAGAACGGCACCUUCAGCGGAAUGUUGGGCGAAUUGACGGCCGGAAGAGCCCAAAUCGCGAUGGGCUGUCUGAUGCCUCUGCCUGUGCGCUUCCGCUUCUUGGACAUGGCCGUGUCGCACGGCCACCGCAGCCUCGCGUGGGCCGUCCCGCCGCCGCGGCCGCAGCCCCGCUGGGCCGUCCUGGUCGAGGCGUUCGCCCCUGACACCUGGGCCGCCGUCGCCGCUGUCCUGGUGCUCGCCUUUCUCGUCCUCUCCGUCAUCUCACACGACCUGAUUCCAGACGGAGCUCUGCUGUUCGUGUGGGCGACGACCCUUGGCGUGUCGGUGGCGCGGCUGCCACGGGCUUCGUGGACCCGCACCCUGCUGCUAGGGUGGCUGCUCGCCUUCCUGGUGCUCAGCGCCGCUUACCAGGGCGCCCUCUUCAGCUUCCUGGCUGCGACACGAUACGAGAAGGCGCUGGAUUCGUUCAAGGACAUCGUGUUGCGUGGCCUGCCCCUCGUCGCGCACCCCAACUUCGAAGAACUGCUCGACGCUGGUGACGCCACCAUCUCACAGCGGGCUAAAGAACUGUACGAGCCAUCGGUGGACGGGGUGCUCAGGCAGCUGGACGUGAUGGCGAAGGGCGGCCGCCAGGUGGCAUGCAUGGUCAACAAGGAGAUGCUCGUUUGGUACAACUACCAGCAGAGACACUCCGGACAUAUGGUGCACAUUGCGCGGGAAGAAAUGACCUCGUACCCGACGGUGGCGUUCCUGCGGCAAGGCUCGAGUCUGGUGGCUCGCUUCGACGUUUUGGUUCGGCGGCUGCUCGAGUCUGGCCUGGUGGACAAGUGGUUCGCCGAACUGUCGCUGCCGGUGGCGCGCACGCAGGUCGACGCGCCCCUCGUGCUCGGUCUGUACCACCUGAGCGGCAUCUUCAUGGUGCUCGUCGUCGGCAUGGCGCUCGCCACCCUCGUCCUCUUGCUGGAACUGCUCGUCCACCAGUGGCACCGCAUCCACGACGCCUCAAUCCAGCUUUUGUGAAGACAAAAUGCCUUUAAAAAAUAAUUAGGAU